AACAGCGGGUGACCCUGUCGUCGUCGGAAAAUAAUUUCAUUUCGAAACUUGGCUCAGCUGCCGGGUCGGUGACCUGCCCCGCAGGGAGACCGGGGACCCGGGGCUCGCGUGCCAACGGGAGAGGACCAUCCCGGCCCCGAAGGAUCUCUCCCGUCCCCUUUCUGGGCCGGUGCCGUACCGACAUGUCUGCUUCUAGGAACUGGUCCGUCCUGCUGGCGAUAGGGCUCUGCCACCUGUGUCCACCGUGUCUGCCCUGUGGAAUUUCGACACAUAUCGAAAUAGCUCACAGGGCCCUGGAGUUCUUCCACCUGGAGAGCGGGAGAGUGAACUACCGAGAGCUCUUGCUGAAACAUCAGGAUGCGUAUCAGGCUGGGAGCGUCUAUCCUGACUCCUUUUACCCUCAGUUCUGCAAGCUAGGAAAAUUCCACGAAGUGUCCGAAGACACCCACUGGGCUCCGUUUCUCAACGCCAGCGUCCGCUACGUCCGCGAAAACUUCCCUCUUCCCUGGGAGCAGGAUACAGAGAAGCUGGUGGCUUUCCUGUUUGGCAUUUCCUCCCAUAUGGUGGCAGAUGUGAGCUGGCACGGCCUCGGCAUUGAGCAGGGAUUCUUGAGGACCAUGGGAGCCAUUGAUUUUCACGGCUCUUACAGUGAAGCUCAUCGAGCCGGAGAUUUUGGAGGAGAUGUGCUGAGCCAGUUCGAGUUUAAUUUUAAUUACCUCUCCCGGGGCUGGUACGUGCCCGUCAGAGAUCUGGUAGGGAUCUACGAGGAGCUCUACGGACGAGAGGAGGUCAUUACCCAAGACGUAAUUGCCGACUGCACCUAUCUUCAGUUCUUGGAGUUGUUCGGAGAGAUACUGGCCGUGUCCAAGCUUUACCCAACCUUCGCCAGAAAAUCCCCGUUCAUGGUGGACCAGUUUCAGGAGUAUUUUCUGGGCGGAUUGGAUGACAUGGCAUUUUGGUCCAACAACAUUUUCCAUCUAAUGGGCCGUAUGUUGGAGAAUGGGACCAGGGAUUGCACUGUCCCCGAAAACCCUCUGUUCAUAACCUGUGGAAGGAAGCCCGGAGGCUCUCUUGGGGAGAAGAUGAGCCAGCCCCAGCUCCGCAAGAACACGACCGUCCCCAUCGGCACCAACGUCGAGAGGAACGUAAACUUCACCGAACGAGGAGCCUAUUUCAGCGUGGACACCUGGGCCCCGAAUUCCGUCUCCUCCAUGUACUCUCUCCUGGCGAAGAAGAUGCAAACGGUGUUUUCCGGCGCCAACCGGGAGUCGCCCAACCACGUCUCCAGCCCCAUCGCCUCCUACUUCGUGGGUGUGCCCUACGCCAGGCUCGGCUGGGCCGUGACCUCGGCUGACCUGAACGAGGACGGGCACGACGACCUGGUGGUGGGAGCCCCGGGCUACAGCCGGCCGGGGCGCGUCCAGCUCGGCCGGGUGUACGUCGUGUACGCGAACGGGCUCGGCCUGCCUCCGGCGGACACGGACCUGGACGAGGAAGCCCACGCCAUCCUGGAGGGCUCCCAGCCCUCGGGUCGCUUCGGCUCGGCGGUCGCCGUGAUGGACUGGAAUCUGGACGGAGUCCCAGACUUGGCGGUGGGGGCCCCCUCGGUGGGCUCCGACGGGCUCAGCUACACGGGUGCCGUGUACGUGUUCUUCGGGACCAGAGGGAAAGGCGUGUCUCCUCGCCCCAACGUCACCGUCUCCUGCCGGGACAAGUACUGCAAUUUCGGCUGGACGCUUCUGGCGGCGGACGUGGACGGGGAUGGGGCCGCGGAUCUGGUGGUCGGUUCGCCCUACGCCCCCCAGGGAGGGAGGCAGCGGGGGCUCGUGGCCGCGUUUUACUCUCGCUGCAGCAGGUCCGGCAAAGGCGAGCUGUCGGUUGAGGAAGCCGACUGGACGGUGCAGGGAGAGGAAGACUACUCCUGGUUUGGAUAUUCGCUUCACGGCCGCUCCCUGGAGAAGCAAACCCUCCUGCUGGUCGGGAGUCCCACCUGGAAGAACGUGAGCGGCCUAGGCUCGCAGUUCUACAACCGGGAGGAGAAACAGAGCGUGGGCAAGGUGAAUGGCUAUUUGCCACCGAGUCGGCAAAGCUGGUUUGCGAUCUCCGGAGAUAAGGCGAUGGGGAAACUGGGCUCAUCGCUGUCGAGCGGCCAGCUGGCUGUGGACGGGACCCCGAGGCAGGUGCUGCUCAUCGGUGCCUCGACCCGGGAUGACGUGUCCAAAAUGGCGUUCGUGCCCACGACCCUGCACCAGGGGGGCAGCACGCGGCUGUACGGGCUGUCCGCCGGGGAGGCGCCCGCCCUGCUCAGCACCUUCAGCGGAGACCGGCGCUUCUCCCGUUUCGGGGAGGCCGUGCACCUCAGCGACCUGGACGGCGAUGGGCUGGACGAGGCGAUGGUGGCGGCCCCCUCCAGGACGGAGGACUUCACGCUGGGGCUGUUCGGAGGGGACACCGGCCGGGUCUACGUCUACAACGGGCAGCGGGUGGGCUCCGGCGACGUGACGGCCAAGUGCAGGUCGUGGAUGGCUCCCUGUCCCGAGGAAAAGGCCCAGUACGUGCUCAUCUCUCCGGAGGAAAGUUCGCGGUUUGGGAGCUCGGUCGCCACCGUGAAGUCCGAGGGAAAGAAUCAGGUGGUCGUCGCCGCCGGGAGGAGCUCGAUGGGGGCCAGGAUGGCCGGAGCCCUGCACAUCUACGACCUCGGCGAGCCCCGAGCUGCCCGUUGACCCCCCCCGCCCCCCCGCCCCCCGCCCCGGAGCCUCUCCGGCUCCUCGGGGUCCGUGGCCGGGUCAGACGGCGUCGAGCGGCAGCCCCUGAGACCAGGCCUGGCCCGCGGAGGCCCCGAGCUAGGCCGGCCGGAAUAAUCGUUCUAAUCACGGUACUUGUCAAGCGCUUCCUCCGUGCCCGCCACUGUUCUGAGCCCUGGGGUGGAUACGGGUUAAUCGGGUCGGACACGGUCCCCGUCCCCGACGGGGCUCGCGCUCUUAUCCUCGUUUUACAGAGGUAAAAUUUUAGAGAAGUAAAAACGCACAAGGUCACAGAA